AUCUAACAUUGUUGGACUCAAACACACAGCAAAUAAACUCUAGUAUGAUGUGAAAAUGUAAUCAAACUGUUUAAUAGAGGGAAAGAAUUAUUUUUUGGACACCUGAACCUAAAAUUAUCUGGCAUAAUGUUGGGUCAUCAUAACCAGCUGGUUGUUUAGCUGGCUCGUUGUUAGCUGUCCAGAGAUGGGACAGUCGUACGUAUGAUCUGGUGACAAUAAGAAAUUGGGACAAUAUUAGGACUAAACAAGCAUGUUUUCAUGUAUUAGAGGGAUGACUUCAGUUUCGGAGAUGAAGCUGGAGAUGAGAAGGAACUGGUUGAGGUGGAAAUGUGGAAGGAGGCAUAGGAGUGGUGGAGGAGGAGGCAGAUGAAUGGGUUAACCUUAUAUGUGGCUGGUCUCUAACCACAUACAUAAAAUUUGAUUAGGCAGAAUUGUGAUGUCCAUCUUGACCAAGAGGGCGGGCCAUAUACAAAUAGCAUAAACAAAAAAAUAACAUCAAAUGUGUUUUUAAAAAAAAGUCAAAUUGAGUCAACCCCUUAAAGGAGUGCCAAAGGCUUUAGCAAAUAAAUAUGUUUUAUAAACAGUUGUAAACUCGGGGCAGAUCAUUCCACAGUGAUCUGCCAGUCCAAAGACAUGCAGUUAAUGGGGUAAGGUUAGUUGAUAAUUCUAGAUUGCCCUCUGAUCUGAAUGUGAGUGUGGAUGGUUGUCUGUCUCUAUGUGUUAGUACCGUGGCUCUCGCCCUAUGGUAGCUGGGAUACAAUUGGUAACAGAGAAUGGAGAAUAUAAAAAAAUGCACCGUUGAUAGCUGAAGAAAUCUAUUUUUGUUGUUCUUUAUAAAAACAAAAAAUUGAAUAGCCUAUAUUCACUGUUCCUUUAAAUGAACAAGAGACACCUUGAGAAAAGGGCUUGUUUUACGUUAAACUUGCAUGCAUUUUUUAGUAUGUUUUCCAUUUGGGCAUAAAAUCCACAGAUUUCUUUUCAGUAAUGCAAAAAUCACUUUGUCAGUAGUCUAAAAAUACAUUACAGUGGUACUAGCAUAAAAAUACAAAUGUUAAUACUAUUAUUUUAAUGCUAUAUUAAUAUACUAAACUAACUAAACUAAUUUGAAAUGAGCGCUUUAGGUCUAUGAUUAGCUUCACAGAAUCUUUUAUUCUGAAACAAGGAGCCGGAAAUGCACUAAUACACACCAGCGAAGAAGAGCACGAAGCUAGCUUGCCAAGCUAACCGGUUGUAGACAUCUGAUUGAAGAUGUAAACAUGUAUAAACCUUUCGAUUGAAUGGGAAAAAUAUUUAACCGUGUUGUUAACAGGCGUUUUAGCUGCUGUCGGUUUGUGAUUUGACACGGUGUCAAAUGUGAAGAGAUUCCAACAUGUCCAUCCAGUUUGUGUAUAGCCAUCAGCACUUCGUCACUGAUGUGUAUCGGAUCAGUGGAAACAAUUCCGCUAAAAACUCUGCAUCAACAAAGUUUGACACCGCCAUCCAAGGCGGCUGGGCAGACAGGAUGGCACGGGGCAUAUUUCGCUACCAUCUGGGGGAUUUAAAAACGCGGGUCCUGCUGGGUUCUCAUGGCUACGUGGCUCAGCUGAAUAUCCAAAGAGGAAUAGAGAGAAGAAAGCCACAGGAGAUCAUGAGCAUUAAGCAGGAGUUCAAUGCCAAGCAGUUUAACUUUAACAAAAUUAAACACGAUGAAAUCAUAUUUGAGAUGAUAAAGGACAAAAAAGGAGGUUCACCUUUGACUAACAAUGCAGAGUGUCCUCAACCCCAGAAGAUGGUUGUGUUGGUCAAUGUUAGCCCUCUAGAGUUUGGACAUUGUCUCUUUGUCCCAGAUCCUGCUCACUGUCGCCCACAGAUCCUGACAAAGUUUGCAAUCCAUGUCGGCAUUGAAGCUGUGCUUCUGAGCUCUGAUCCCGGUUUCCGUGUGGGGUUCAACAGUCUGGGAGCAUUUGCAUCUGUCAAUCAUUUACACCUCCAUGGAUAUUACCUAGACCAUCCCCUCAAGAUAGAGUCUAAGCCAGUUAAACCUUUAUGUCCUGAAAAGGGAUUUUAUCGAAUUUUGGAUUUCCCGGCAGGCUUUUUGUUUUAUGCAGAAUCAGAGGAGGUGGAGAAAGUGGCCCAAACUAUCUGUGAAGUCACAGAUUUUCUUGUGAAUGAUAAUAUUGCUCAUAACCUCUUUUUGACUAGAGGAAGCCCGCCGUGUGUUCAAACGCAAGGUGAAAAGGAUUUCUGUUCAAGAAAAGGUGUUCGCGUUGCUGUGUGGCCCAGAAUAUCCUGCUUCGGUGCCAAAGAGGAGUCUGCCUUUAAUGUUGCUCUAUGUGAACUGGCUGGACAUUUACCCUUUAAGAGCAAAAAGGACUUUGAGCGCAUGACAGAGAAAGAUGUCGUUGAUGUAAUCCAGAGCUAUCUUUUGCCUGAAGAUGAGUUUCAUCAGCUGGAACAGCAGCUUACUGAACAUUUAUUGUGUUCAUAAUGUGCGGUCAUUUUCAUCAACUUACAGCUGGGCUGGAAGGGUCUUAGACUUUUGAUGGCAUAAAUGGAUGAAUCUGGCCUCUGGAUUUUGAAUUAAAUUGUAAAAACUGCAAUACUGUACUGAAUGUGUGUCAGAAUCUUCCCUGUACAAUGAAAGAGAUUACACAUGUUGAGAUUUAUGAUAUUUACAAGAUAAAAUGUGCUUUAAUUGGUUAAUGAAUGUGUUUUAGCAAAACUGAUAUCAAAUAAAAUGUGACUAAAGAAUGGA